AGUUUCCACUUGCUUGGUCGUGAAGAAGGCGCCAAACUAUUGACGGGUGGAAAGAGAUGGGGAUCUGAGGGCUACUACAUUGAGCCCACAGUGUUUACAGACGUGACGGACAAUAUGAAGAUCGCGAGGGAGGAGAUCUUCGGACCCGUGCAGUCCAUCUUCAAGUUUAAGACAUUGGAGGAAGUGAUUGAAAGGGCUAACGAUACCACAUAUGGCUUGGCUGCCGGUGCCUUCACUAACGAUCUUAAAAAAGCGUUGACACUGACCGAGGCUUUGGAAGCCGGGAAUGUCUGGAUUAAUACAUUCCUAUCUAUUAGACCGCAAACACCAUUCGGUGGUUACAAACAGUCGGGUAUUGGUCGGGAAUGUGGCGAAGAAGCCCUUCACGAGUACUUAGAAACCAAAUCGGAGAUGAGGGCCGAGGCUAUAAGACUGAGUGAAGUGAUGGCAUCUAAUUUAGCGUUAACUGACAUCAUAUCAGAGUUCGUCAAACACUUUGUUCGCCAGUAUUUCCUCUUCAGACGGUUCAGUGUCCCGUCGUUUCUCAGUUGUUGUAUCGCUCUAUCGAUGUCCGACUUAUACGGCGACCCCUUUUGCAGUCCGAUAGCAUACUCCCGACGGUUGAUCUCCUGUUUGUCCUCAAUGGCAGUCAGUUCACAGUUCUGGUCCAUUGCAUACUCAUUGGCCACCGAUUCCUACACA